CCACCAGGAAAGUGCUUUGUUUUGGUGCCAAUAGAGUGAAGACUAGACCAUUUGCAGUUCUAGUUCCGAAACGCCAGCAAACUCCAGUCCAGAGGGGUGUGUAUUCCCGGAUCUUGCAGCCGCAGCCGCAGUUCAUGGUCCAAACGAGGCGGCAGACUGAUUUUUUUAAACGACAAACAAGCGGCGGAAUUUUAAAUAGUAACACGUGUCUUAUUUUAAGCUGUGAUAAUCGGUCAUUCGAAGAGUGACUACGCGAAGGGGGUGUCGUCUAAAUUGAUUUGUCAUUGUUCUUGGCGUGUAUCUAGAUAGAAAUUCGAGCAGUGAAAGACGAUUUCAAUGAAGUGGUGAAGCGAAGGAAAAAGCAAAAACGGACGGACGCUCCUACGGGAUACAUUGAGUUUGAACGUGCAGGAUGAAAUUCGCGGAACAUCUUUCUGCGCACAUUACUCCAGAAUGGCGGAAGCAGUACAUCAAUUACGAGGAAAUGAAGGCGAUGCUGUACACAGCCGUGGAAGAGGCCCCGGCCCUGGACAGCGUCGAAGAGGACAUCAUCAAGCGGCACUUUGCCAACUUUGACGAAAACUUCUAUCACUACUGUGACGAGGAGCUGAAAAAGAUCAACACCUUCUACUCGGAAAAGCUGGCCGAGGCCACUCGAAAGUAUGCCGCCCUCAGUGCUCAGCUCCGCACCAUGCUCGAAAACCAGCAGAAGGCCAAAUCCAAGAGCCACACGCUGAAGCGCAUCAACCUUCCGUAUCGGAAAGCGCAGGAACUGAAGUUGGCCUUCAGCGAGUUCUACCUGAGCUUGAUCCUGCUGCAGAACUACCAGAACCUCAAUCAUACGGGGUUUCGGAAAAUUCUCAAAAAGCAUGACAAACUGUUACGAUCGGACAACGGGGCCCGGUGGCAGAAGGAGCAAGUUGAAACGAGCCACUUCUUCACCAACAAGGACAUCGAUAAGCUGAUUAAUGAUACGGAAACGACGGUUACGACGCAGCUGGAAAGUGGCGAUCGUCAGAAGGCCAUGAAGCGACUGCGGGUGCCUCCGCUCGGAGAGCAGCAAAGCCCCUGGACCACCUUCAAGGUCGGUCUGUUCAGCGGAAGCUUUGUGGUGCUGUUCAUUGCUGUGAUGCUGUCUGCGAUAUUCCACGAAAGCUCCGGGGAGAACCUCAAGAUCGCCUUCCGGCUGUAUCGGGGGCCCCUGCUGGUGAUCGAGUUUGUGUUUUUGCUCGGCGUCAACAUCUACGGAUGGCGAUCGUCCGGUGUGAACCACGUGCUGAUCUUCGAGCUGGAUCCUCGCAAUCAUCUGUCCGAGCAGCAUCUGAUGGAGAUGGCAGCCAUCUUGGGCGUUGUUUGGACCUUGAGUUUACUGAGCUUCCUGUACAGUGCCAGUCUGAGCAUACCACCGUACGUGAAUCCGCUGGCGCUAACCGUCGUGAUGAUCGUAUUCCUGAUCAACCCGUUCAAGGUGUUCCGGUACGAGGCCCGGUUCUGGCUGUUGAAAACCAUCGGCCGCAUGGUGGCAGCACCCUUCUUCCACGUGAGCUUCGCCGAUUUCUGGCUGGCCGAUCAGCUGAACAGUCUGGUGACGGCACUGCUGGACUUCCAGUUCCUGACCUGUUUCUACGUGACGAAUGGGAACUGGCUGGACGCGGGAAAUACCAGCCAAUGCAUGGAGCAGAACUAUAUCAUUCGACCGAUCGUGAACUGUCUGCCGGCGUGGUUCCGUUUUGCGCAGUGUUUGAGGCGUUACCGCGACUCGAGGGAAGCCUUCCCCCAUCUGGUCAACGCGGGGAAGUACUCGACGACCUUCCUGGUGGUGAUCUUUGCGACGCUGAGGAGUUUCCAUGCAUCCAAAUACGAAGACGCGUACGAUAAUCCAUACCUGUGGCUGUGGCUGCUGAGCCAGAUCGUAUCGUCCGUGUACGCUUACACCUGGGACAUCAAAAUGGAUUGGGGCUUGUUCGAUAAGAAUGCCGGAGAAAAUACCUUCCUCCGAGAGGAAAUCGUUUACUCAACUCCUUUCUUCUACUACUUUGCCAUCAUCGAGGACCUGUUUCUCCGGUUCGUGUGGGGCAUAUCGUACGCAUUGACGGAGAACAAAAUUGUUUCCGGUGAUCUGAUGACGUCGGUUCUGGCUCCCCUGGAGGUAUUCCGUCGGUUUGUGUGGAACUUUUUCCGUCUGGAGAACGAACAUCUCAACAACUGCGGUAAGUUCCGUGCCGUUCGGGACAUUUCCAUUGCACCGAUCGACUCGAACGAUCAAAUCAUCAUCCUCAAGAUGAUGGACGACGAAGAUGGUGUCAUCAAUAGGGACACCAAACACAACCGAGCCAAGCACAAAAAGACCAAAGAAGACAAAAAGCCACUGCUACCAGCGUUCAAGGGGUCCCUGCAGGACCUCGCCGUGGACGUGAACAGCACCAAAAAGCUCUGAGAGGCCAAGCUGCUCAAUUUUUAGGAGAAAAUGUACAAAGCUGUACUUACCCGUCGUAGCCAAAAUAUUCUGUUUUAUCCACAUUAGGUAGUGUACGAGACCGAGACCCCUCCUCAACUGCGUAGGAUCCACUUAGCCGUGGUAGGAUGACCUAGAAGAGCCCCCGAUUCCCACAUUCCUCAAGCGUAGAGCAGACUUUGAGAUUAUCGCUUGCUAGAAAGCAUAAACCGAAUGUGUGUGAGAGUGUGCGUUUGUUGUUGACCAUAUUUUUUUAAGGAACAUUCACGUUUAGGCUUUUAGUGUAAGAAACGAAAGUUAUGCCUUAUGAAGAAAUUUAUGUACUUCCAUUUUAUCCUUUCGUAAGAGAAGAAGAAUAAACUGAUCGAGAUGGAAACGAUGCAAUAACGUAGGGUUAACCAUGAAAGUGAAAGCAAAUUCGGAAAACAGGUUGAUUUUUGCUAGAUAGUGAACAGAACACGUUUUAAAAAAAAGCCAUAUUCAGCGAACAGUGCGCAGUGGAAAGCUCAUCGUCAUAUCGAUUUAGUUUGUGGCAGUAUUACUUAACACCCUGUUACAGUUAGUUUUAUCCACGCUUCAAAUAAAAAAAAGGUAACAGUUUUAGCUUAUUUUACAAAUGUGAUGAUUUUGUAUUAUGUCCAGGAAAAGUUUAGUUACAAGUCUGGUGCAUUUCACUACAUUUGAUUCAAAUUAGAAUCCCACGAGAGAAAACCACCGAAUUCGAAGAAAAAAAACAUAUGUUCAAUGUGCACUAGAUCCUUUCAGUAGUUGAUUGAAUUGCUUCCCAAAUAACACAGAUCGUUUAAAAGAAAGAUACUCGUUUGAAUGUGCUAAAAUCGCCUGAAGUGGAACAAAUUUGUGAUUUCAUUCCAAUAAAUAUACGAACUAUUUUUACUACAA